AUGGGACUUUGUCAUGGAAAACCCGUUGAACCUCCACAAAAUCUUUCUGAUAAUCCAAUAAUGCCAGGUGAAAUUAAUGAACAUACUCUGAAUUCUUCAACUGGGAAAACACCAAAAUUCCCAUUUUACAGUCCAAGUCCCUUCAAGAACUCACCUGCAAAUUAUAGCAUCACUUCAACUCCUCUCCGAUUCCUUAAGCGCCCAUUCCCUCCACCAUCACCAGCUAAACAUAUAAAGGCAUUUCUUGCAAGGAGGUAUGGCUCGAUGAAGACUAAUGAGGCCACUAUACCUGAAGGGAGUGAGUGUGAGAUUAUUGCUGUGGACAAGAAUUUUGGGUUUUCAAAUAAUUUCAUCAGCCAUUAUGAGCUUCAGGAAGAAUUGGGGAAGGGGCAUUUUGGGUAUACUUGUGCUGCUAAGGGAAAGAAGGGAAGCUUGAAGGGGCAGGAUGUGGCUGUUAAAGUUAUCCCAAAAUCAAAGAUGACUACAACUAUUUCUAUUGAGGACGUUAGAAGAGAAGUGAAGAUGUUACGUGCACUAACAGGACAUAAGAACUUAGUGCAAUUUUAUGAUGCAUAUGAAGAUGAAGACAAUGUAUAUGUUGUGAUGGAGUUAUGCAAAGGAGGAGAAUUGUUGGAUAGUAUACUCUCUAGGGGUGGCAAAUACUCAGAAGAAGAUGCUAAAAUUAUCAUGGUGCAGAUUUUAAGUGUCAUGGCUUAUUGUCAUUUCCAAGGUGUGGUUCAUCGUGACCUAAAGCCUGAGAAUUUUCUCUUUAGUUCGAAAGAUGAGUCGUCGCCUCUGAAGGCCAUUGACUUUGGACUCUCUGACUAUGUGAAGCCAGAUGAAAGGCUGAAUGAUAUUGUUGGAAGUGCUUACUAUGUGGCACCCGAAGUUUUGCAUAGAUCAUAUGGAACAGAAGCUGACAUGUGGAGUAUUGGAGUUAUUGCUUAUAUUCUUCUUUGUGGAAGCAGACCCUUCUGGUCUCGGACAGAAUCUGGGAUCUUCCGAGCUGUCCUAAAGGCUGAUCCAAGCUUUGAUGAAGACCCAUGGCCUUCUUUGUCUUCUGAUUCUGUAGAUUUUGUAAAAAGAUUAUUGAACAAGGAUUAUCGUAAAAGGCUAACAGCGGUUCAAGCUCUUAGUCAUCCAUGGCUGACCAACCAUCAUGACGUCAAGGUACCUGUGGAUAUGAUAACGUAUAAGCUUGUAAGAGCUUAUAUAUAUUCUUCUUCUCUGAGAAAAGCAGCUUUAGGGGCUCUUGCAAAAACACUGGCAAUACCACAGUUAGCCUAUCUCCGAGAACAGUUCUGUUUAUUAGGGCCAAGCAAAAAUGGAUUUAUAUCCCUUUAUAAUUUCAAAAUGGCUGUGGCAAAGAACUCGACCGAGGCAAUGAAGGAUUCACGUGUUCUAGAUUAUGUAAACAUGGUGAGUUCUCUUAAAUACAGAAAAUUGGAUUUUGAAGAAUUCUGUGCGGCAGCUGUAAGUGUACAUCAGCUGGAAGGCAUGGAAAAUUGGGAGCAGCAGGCACUCCGUGCCUUUGACUUUUUUGAGAAAGUUGGAAACCGGGUGAUUAAGAUAAAAGAACUUGCUUCAGAGCUUGGACUUGGUCCAUCUGUUCCCAUUCAGGUAGUUCUUCAAGAUUGGAUCAGACACUCAGAUGGGAAGCUAAGCUUCUUGGGAUUCGUCCGACUGCUUCAUGGAGUUUCUUCCCGUGCACUUCAGAAGCUAUCGUUUCAAAAAAGAGACAUUUCACGAUCUGCAUCUGUUCGCCAAGGUUUCAUCCUACUGUUAUCAGCAGUAGCAUUGGAAACAUAUUCUCUAGUGAAGUGCUUUGACAACAUGGCUGCCGAAGGCGCAGUUCUUGAUCCAGGAUUGAAUGGACGUGGUCUAGUCCAGAUUCCCCGGCUCAGUUAUACUGAAUCAAGUUCCCUUGUCCUGAGUCCUGACGGUGCUAAUUUCGCAUUGAGCAAUGCCGUUGAUGAUGUCCAAAAAUGGACAUUACCAAUAUUGAGCUCAAGGCGCAGUGGCUCAGCUGCGGUGCCUUCGAGUGCGCCGCUUUGCACAAAAUGCGACGGCAGAUCUCUGCUGCUAUGUGGGAAGCACGACGACGAUGGUCCCGAGAAGGCACGCCACGAUAUCUACUUCUCCAUUGAGUCUGGCAAUGGCGAGAAGACCACAACCACCACUAUCGAAUUAAAUUGA